GGUGGGAGCCGGUGGGAGCGGGAGCUCUGCCGGGUGCAGCGCGGGGGGAGCAGGCCCCGCCGGCGACUGAGACACCGGAUUCUUAAAGAACACCUGAUACAAAUACAUGGAAUGAGAAUAUUGCCAUCAUGAGUCAACAAGGUUAUGUUGCAGCUCCUCCAUAUUCCCAGUCUCAACCAGGAAUGGGAGGCUUUUCUGCAGGUUAUGGACCCCCUAGUUCUUCACUUCAUUAUGGACAUUAUGGGGACCCCAACUCCUCCUACUCUGCACCUCAACCAGGCAUGUUGAAAUCAACUGUGCCUUUUGGAUCUUCAGCUCCUGUUGGGCCUCCACCACCCAGUACGCAUCAAAUCAGCCAGACCAACAUUCAGAAUGGGCCCAGCGUGCCAGGGCAACAGCCACAUAGGUUUCAAGGUCCUCCACCUCCAAGCAAUAUAGGACCUUCUUGUCCUCCCUACAGUCAGCAGGCACAACCAGCCUACCCAAAUGCUGCAUCAGCUUCAUCUACAACACAACUUGCCAACCAGCUCAGCAGUAUGCAGCUAAAUACCUACGGUCCUGGCACUACUUGGAGUUCUUACACAUCCUCUGGGCAUCCAGCAUCUUUUCAGGGUCCACAAUUGCCACCACCAGCCCAGCAGCAAAUCGCUUUACCACCUGGACCACAGGUUCCUCCACCAGCUGUUAACAGCCUUUGUGCUCAACCAUCAUUGCCUCCUAUGGCCAGACAAGAUGGGAUCCCUGGACCUGUGCCCCCAAAUCCUAACUUGCAACAGCUUUCAGGGCAGCCUCCAGGACCUGGAUAUCCUCCUCAACAAGCAAAAUAUGGUCCUCAGAUGGCAGGAUCUCAGCUGUCUUACCCUGGUGCUUUUCCUGGAGGUCCAGCACAACUCUCUGGUCCACCGCAGAAGAAGCUUGAUCCCGACUCUAUUCCAAGCCCAAUUCAAGUAAUUGAAAAUGAUAAGGCCUCAAGGGGAGGGCAGAUCUAUGCUACAAACACAAGAGGACAGGUUCCUCCUCUUGUCACCACAGACUGCAUAAUCCAAGACCAAGGCCAUGCUAGCCCUCGCUUCAUCCGAUGUACCACCUACUGCUUCCCCUCCUCUUCUGAGAUGGCCAAACAGGCUCGCAUUCCAUUAGCAGCAGUCAUCCAGCCUUUUGCUGUUGUUCCACCAAAUGAGACACCUCUUUACAUUGUAAACCAUGGAGAGACUGGACCAAUCCGAUGCAACCGGUGCAAAGCUUAUAUGUGUCCCUUCAUGCAGUUCAUUGAAGGUGGAAGAAGAUACCAGUGUGGAUUUUGCAGUUGUGUAAAUGAUGUUCCUCCGUUCUUCUUUCAACAUCUGGACCACAUUGGUCGGCGAGUGGACCACUAUGAAAGACCUGAGCUGUCUCUGGGAUCUUAUGAAUAUGUUGCUACUUUGGAUUAUUGCCGAAACAGCAAGCCUCCGAAGCCACCAGCGUACAUCUUCAUGAUCGACGUAUCAUACAAUAACAUCAAGAGUGGCCUGGUCAGACUCAUAUGCGAUGAACUGAAGACGCUGCUAGAUAAACUUCCAAGAGAAGAUCAAGAAGAAUCCUCAGCAAUUCGAGUUGGUUUUGUCACUUACAACAAGGUCCUCCACUUCUUCAAUGUAAAAAGCAGCUUAGCCCAGCCUCAGAUGAUGGUGGUGUCAGAUGUUGGAGAAGUUUUUGUUCCUUUGCUGGAUGGUUUCCUUGUUAACUUCCAGGAAUCACGAUCUGUUGUUAUCAAUUUGUUGGACCAGAUUCCAGAGAUGUUUGCAGACACUAACGAGAGUGAGACCAUCUUUGCUCCUGUUAUCCAGGCUGGCAUGGAGGCACUAAAGGCUGCAGAAUGUGCUGGAAAAUUGUUUAUCUUCCACUCUUCAUUGCCAACUGCAGAAGCACCAGGGAAGCUGAGAAACAGAGAUGACAAAAAACUACUCAAUACAGAUAAAGAAAAGACACUCUUCCAGCCCCAGGCAAAUGCUUACGAGGCCUUAGCUAAGGAUUGUGUGGCUAACGGCUGCUGUGUCAACUUGUUCCUCUUCCCAAAUCAGUACGUGGACAUAGCCUCCAUGGGGCUUGUCACAAUGUACACUGGAGGAACACUGUACAAGUACAACAAUUUCCAGCUCGAUGCCGACAGCUCCCAGUUCUUAAGCGACCUCAGGAGGGACGUGGAGAAGAAGACCGGAUUUGAUGCCAUAAUGAGGGUUCGGACGAGUACAGGCUUCAGGGCUACUGACUUCUUUGGUGCUAUUUACAUGAACAACACCACGGAUGUAGAGAUGGCAGCAGUUGACUGUGACAAGGCAGUGACUGUGGAGUUCAAACACGAUGACAAACUAAGUGAAGACAGUGGAGCCUUAAUUCAGUGUGCCGUCCUCUACACCUCAGUGAGUGGACAAAGACGACUUCGCAUACACAACAUAGGCUUAAACUGCAGCUCCCAGUUAGCUGAUGUCUACAAGACUUGUGAGACUGAUGCACUCAUCAACUUCUUUGCCAAGUCAGCUUUUAAAGCCAUUCUCAGCCAGCCCCUGAAGAUAGUGAGAGACAUCCUGGUCAGUCAGACAGCUCACAUGCUGGCCUGCUACAAGAAGAACUGUGCCAGCCCCUCAGCAGUAAGCCAGCUCAUCCUUCCAGAUGCCAUGAAGGUGCUGCCAGUGUACAUGAAUUGUCUGCUGAAAAGCUGUGUGCUCAUGGGCAGGCCAGAGAUCCCAACUGACGAGAGAGCUCACCAACGACAGCUGGUCCUGUCUAUGGGGGUAGCUGACACACAGCUGCUCUUCUAUCCCCAGCUCCUGCCAAUUCACAGCCUGGAUCCAAAGAGCGAUGUGGUGCCAGCUGCCAUCCGCUGCUCUGAGGAACGUCUCUCAGAAGGAGGAGCCUUCCUGCUGGCCAAUGGCCUGACUCUCUUCCUGUGGCUGGGAGUCAGCGCACCCCCAGAGCUCAUCCAGGGGCUCUUCAACGUGCCAUCCUUUGCGCACAUCAGCACCGAGGCUACAUCACUACCCGACCUGGACAAUCCAGUUUCUAAGAAACUGAAGUCAAUACUGGAGCACCUCCAGAGCCAGAAGCCCUACACUAUGAAGCUGGUGAUAGUGAAACAGCGGGAGCAGCCGGAGAUGCUCUUCCGCCAGUUGCUGGUAGAAGACAAGAGUAUUUAUGGAGGCGCUUCCUAUGUGGAUUUCCUGUGCUGCAUUCACAAAGAGAUCUGCCAGCUGCUCAGUUAAGGAAACUCAAACAUUUUGUCAGUGUCUUUGAUUUUUGCAAGAGGGACAAUCAUUGUCUUUGGCCCACAGCUCCACCCUACCUGGGCAUUCUGCUGUGCUUUAGUGCUCCUUUUCUGUGCUCUCUUUGUACAGUUUCAUUUCACACCACCUCUCACUGAGCAUUUAGCUUUCUUAAGCUGUAGAAUAGGAAGUAAGUUCUGCACUCAGGUAUUUAUAUUCUGAGAGUCCUGACUCUUUCUCCAAGCGAACUGCCAGAUUUCAAACUGUCAUGGCUUUAGGAGCAUAUAGUAUGCAUCUAUUAAAAUACCAUUUAGAAAACAGAAAGAACUCUAAUUAUUCCUUUUACUAGUCCUAAGUUAUACAGAAGCCAGGAAAGAUGCUAGAAGUCUACGCAGAAGUGGAAAAAACAACUCACUGCUUUUCUAAGUGAGGGCAUCGAGUGAAUCAUAUUGCAGUAAUCAUGUAGUCCAGGCUGUGUACUUUUGCAGGAAGGAUGUUUAAAUCUCCAAAAAGACAAUCCCCUUUUUCUGGAAGGAACAAGCAUCACCUUCCACAGAAACAGUGCUGGGUCACCUUCCACACCCAGGGCUAUCGGUUUGUAACUGGACUUCAGAGUAAAUCUAGCAAACAGUAUGGACCACAGGAAGAACAGCACUCACAUAACCUUCUGGCCGAGUUCGGCAGUCAGUGCCACACUACUGUGGUACAAUUCUCUAGUGUUAGGGGCAGCAAUUAAAUUAACAGACUUAUUCAAUUACAUCUUCCAAAUCAGGGUUUCAUUACUGCCUUUGCUAACUGGAAUAUUCCCAAUCCAACUCAGAUAACCAUCUGUCCCUCUAAAUUUCAGUGGCAGGUCAGCUAAGUCAGCUGACACAUUAACCAGAGGGUAUUUGUGGUGCUAUAGAAAGCCAGCCUCUUGCCUCAUACCAAGUCUUUUGGUGACCUCUCUUAAGGCUGAUUUUUUUCAACAGCCACUGCUUUGAAAAACAAACCUCUGCUCAUACCAAUAUUUAAGGCAGAUGUGAGAAAGCCAGAGCCUUUGGCUGCACUAUUUACCUCAGAUACUUCAGCAGUCUGUGCAUCUUUAGGACCAACGCCUCCAAACUUGAAAAGCUGUUGUAACAAACAUCAGUGUUUCCAAGAACACAAACCUUCUCAAAGGUAAGGAUAAGAGUUGGGCCUCAAAAAAAAAAAAGUGCCUUUUUAACCCUGUUAGUGUUGCUACUUAAUCACUUUACUAUCCAAGAUCAGCAGGCAAAAUGUAUGUUUUGGUUUGACAGCCUAUCAAAACAGUUCUAUCCUGUUAAAUAAGUGGCUAUAUUACAAAUGGAUCUUAAGACUGAAUUCAGCUGCCAAGAGAAGCACUUUUUAGCUGAUGUUACCCUGUAAGAAGUAUUUGUUGCUAUUCCAAAUCAGGGUCCUCUGUAAAUGUCACCAGCAACUCUUGUGUAAAAAAUUAAGCAGUUACUAAAUAAAAUAAUCAUGUGUGUAUUAUUUUCUAUACUAAAUGUUGAAGUUUUUAAUGCUAUCAGCUGCUGGCAAAAGUUAUCUAACA